AUGGCGAAGCUGGGGCUAGCAGUAGGCACGUCGACCAAGUUCUCCUGCUUCUUCUUCUCCGACAAGAGCAACGCGGGCUCGGGGAGAGCCACGCGCCUCGGAUGGAUCCUCUGUCCUGCAAAUCCUAGGUGCCGUUUGGCGAGGAGAUGGACCGCGGCCGCGGCGGUGGAGGCCCCGCCGAGGAGCAUCGACAUGGGGUGCGCGCCGGUGCCGCGGGAGCAGGCGGAGAUCGUGCAGUCGCUGAACGGCUGGGUGGCGGAGAACAUGCUCCCGCUGCUCAACCCGGUGGAGUCCUCGUGGCAGCCGCACGACUUCAUGCCGUGCUCCGCCGCGACGCCCGGCGCGUCGGAGGAGGAGGCUCUGUCCGCCUUCAUGGACGGCGUGGCUGCGCUGCGCGCGGGAGCCGCCCGCGUGCCCGACGAGGUCCUGGUCUGCCUGGUGGGCAACAUGGUGACGGAGGAGGCGCUCCCGUCGUACCAGAGCAUGGGGAACCGCACGGAGGGCAUCGCGGACGACACCGGGGCCAGCAGCCUCCCCUGGGCGCAGUGGAUCCGCGGCUGGACGGCCGAGGAGAACCGCCACGGCGACCUCCUCAACCGCUACCUCUACCUCUCCGGCCGCGUCGACAUGCGCCAGGUCGAGACCACCGUCCACCACCUCCUCCGCAACGGCAUGGAGAUGCUGGUGCCCAAGAGCCCGUACCACAGCGUGAUCUACGGCGCGUUCCAGGAGCGCGCGACCUUCGUCUCCCACGUGCACACGGCGAGGCUCGCCGGGCAGCACGGCGACCAGGCGCUCGCCAAGAUCUGCGGCGUGAUUGCCGCCGACGAGAAGAGGCACGAGGCGGGCUACACCAGGGUGUGCGCCAAGCUCUUCGAGCUGGACCCCGACGGCAUGGUGCGCGCGCUGGCGCACGUCAUGCGCGGCAAGGUCACCAUGCCGGGGCUGCUCAUGUCCGACGGCCGCGACGCCGCCAGUGGCGAGAACAGCCUGUUCGAGCGGUUCUCCGCCGUGGCGCAGAGUGCCGGCGUGUACACGGCGAGGGACUACGGCGAUCUGGUGGAGCACUUCGUGCGCAGGUGGCGGGUGGCGGAGCUCGCCGGACUCUCUGGAGAGGGCCGCCGGGCGCAGGAGUACGUGUGCGGGCUGCCGCCCAAGAUCCGGAGGAUGGAGGAGCUGGCACACCAAAGGGCGGCCCGUAGCGAGCUCAGGCCGGCCCGCUUCAGUUGGAUCUUCGAUAGGCACGUCACGGUGGGCUGA